AUGGUCUCGCGCUUCGUGUCGGGCGGCACGAUUGUUGGUGACGGUGGCAGUGGCCGCAGCAACAGUAGUAACCACCAUGAACCGCGCCCUGCACCGACACCCCAGACAACGCUCGCCCCCGCCUCGACGCCAACGGCCGUGUCACCGCCGAAGACGGUGCGGUGGGGGGGUAGGGAGGAGGAUAGCGGGGGAGAGGGCAGCGACAGGGGAAUGGGCGCGGGGGGAGACGCCACGCGCACACGUAGCGUCGAGUGGGAGGCUGUGCAGCGCGACCUCGAGGCGGACCGUCGGCGGCGCGAGGAAGCGCGCCGCGCGCGGAUCGAGGGCGGCGGAGCAGGGGAGAACAGGUCCCUGUACGAUAUACUGCAGGCGAACAAAGCGGCAAAGCAGGCGGCGUUCGAGGAGCAGAACCGGCUGCGGAACCAGUUCCGAGCCCUCGACGACGACGAGGUGGCCUUCCUCGACGACGUGCUGGACGGGCGGCGCGGCGAGGAAGAGCGCGUGCGCCGCGAGACCGAGGAGCGGCUCGCCGGGUUCCGCGAGGCGCAGAGGGCCGCUGCCGCCGCGGCAGCAGCAGCGGCGGCGGCGGCCGAGGGAGACACGGGGGAUGUCGACGAUCGUAAAACUGGCGAUGGCGAGUUGAGCUCGGUCGCGUGGGGCGGGGCCAGGAAGCGCAAGAGGGAGAGGGAGAGGGAAGGGGUGGUAAGAGGUCUGCUGAAGAGGAGGACGAGCGUAACCGAGAAAGAAAACGAGGCGGCAGCGCCUGAGGUGAGGUCCGGGUCGGGAGAUGGCGAGACACGGACCGAUACUUCUACCGCUGCUUCUACGCCAGCCACCAACACCGACGCGGACCGCGGCUCCCCAGCUCCCCGUAUUCCGCCGGCGGCGGAAGAGAAACCGAAGGCUCCAGCCGCGAAACCAGCGCAAUCUAAGCUGAGUCUCGUGGAUUACGGCUCAGACGAGGACGACGACUAG